CCCUUAGUAAGAAUGCAAGCACAUGGUCUGAUCUUUUCCUGGUUUGGUUUUUAAAUUCUGCGGACGACCUCCCUGAAAUCAUCCUGAUAUUGUCCCUGAUCUGCACCAUUGGCGAAUUUUUAAACCUGCACUUGAAAAACUUUCCAAUUCCUCUUCCUCUGGUAUUAUUUUUACUUGGAUGCAGCUUUGAAAUCCUAAGUUUUGCUUCCUCAAAGGUUGCAUUUGACAUGGAUGUGUACAUGCUUCACAAGUUACUGUGGCAGAUCCUUUUAAUUACAAUUCCUGGCUUUGCACUAAAUUAUAUCUUGAUCUUUUUGUAUCUGGAAUCUGUGGAUAAAUUAAUGCUAAAGACCAUAUCAUGGUACUUAUUUGCAGUAAUCCUCAUGAGUUCAGACCCCUUGCUGACUGCCUCUGCCAUAAGAGAUCUGGGUCUUUCUAGAGGCCUCACCAAUUUAAUCAAUGGAGAAAGCCUGAUGACCUCUGUUGUAUCAUUGAUUCUAUUCAAAAUUAUUCUGAAUGCUAACUUCAGAAGACACCGUGAGAUAAACAGUAUCUUAGCUUUGCAGGUCUUGAAUGGAAUUUGGUUAUAUUUUAUAGCAAGUUUCUUAUUUGGAAUUCUAACUUCGAAACUAAUUCAAUUGUGGAUGUCAACAGUUUUUGGUGAUGAUGUAAAUUACAUAAGUCUCAUCUUUUCCAUUUUGUAUCUCGUCUUUUAUAUUUGUGAGCUGGUUGGAAUGUCUGGAAUAUUUACCCUGGCAAUUAUAGGACUGUUUUUAAAUUCUACAAGCUUUAAGCCAAGAGUUGAAACACUUCUUCUUGCAUUCUGGAAGUGUCUAUCAUUUGCUGCUUUUGUCAUGGUGUUUACUUUCGCUGGACUUCUAAUUCCUGCGCAUAUGUAUUUUUCUAUAUCAUUCACUGACAUCUACUAUUCAAUCAAUAUCUACUUCACACUGAUUGUUUUAAGACUCCUGGUCUUCCUCUUAAUGAGCCCUCUUUUGUCUCGACUUGGUCACGGGUUCAGCUGGCGCUGGGCGUUCAUAAUGGUCUGGAGUGAGAUGAAAGGGAUUCCUAACAUAAACAUGGCCCUUCUGCUCGCCUACUCUGACCUUUCUCUUGGAUCUGAGAGGGAGAAAUCUCAAGUAUUAUUUCAUGGAGUGUUAGUAUGCUUAAUUACCAUAAUUGUGAAUAGAUUUAUUUUGCCAACAGCAGUUACCAAACUAGGUCUUCGUGAUGUGACAUCAACAAAAUACAAAUCAGUGCAUUACACAUUUCAACACGUUAAAGAGCUAACCAAAUCUAUAGUCUCCACUCUCAAAUUUGACAAAGAUCUUGCUAAUGCUGAUUGGAAUGUGGUUGAGAAAGCAAUUCUCCUUCAAAAUCCCUAUGCUUUGAAUCAUGAAGAAACAACAGAACAUCAGAAAGUGAGAUGUCCAAGCUGUGACAAGGAAAUUGAUGAAACCCUUAACAUUGAAGCAAUGGAGCUGGCCAACAGACAUCUGCUGUCUGCACAAAUAGCAAGCUAUGAGAGACAGUACAGGGAUGAGAUUCUGUCCCAGAGGGUGGUCCAGGUGUUGGUAGGUGCAGCAGGAAGCUCUGGCGAGAGGAAGGGAGAGUUUAUGAAUGCUGGGUUAAUAAAGGCUUAUUCUGAAAGUAAAAAAUUCCUUACCUUUGUAAGAAAAUUACUGCUCAACUGGGUAUACAACACUAAAAAGGACAAAGGAGUUCCGUCAAGAUAUUUCUUCCUUCGUAUGUGUCACAAAGUAGUAUUUACCAAUGAAUUUGAGUAUAUUGGAUACCUUGUGGUAAUAAUGAAUAUAUUUCCCAUUAUAAUCAGUUGGAUACCACAUUUAAGUGGCAUAUAUGAUGAUGAAAUAAGACAUGCUAACUAUACUUUCCUUGGAAUUUAUAUUCUAGAGGCCCUACUUAAGCUGGCAGCAAUGAGAAGGGCAUAUUUUUCAUACUCCUGGAAUUUAUUUGAAUUAGCAAUCACUUUAAUUGGCAUCAUAGACAUCAUACUUAUUGAGACCCACACAAUCAGUUAUUCGUUUGAUUUGAUCCAGACUGUGGUCAUUAUGAAAACAGCUCGCCUUCUUCGGGUGCUACGCAUUUUAAAGCUCAUAACACCAAAGAUGGUGCAAAUCAUAGACCAAAAGAUGAGUCACCAGCUGUCCUUUAGAUAUGCUAUACUGAAAGGUUAUGUUCAAGGUGAGAUGGAUGUGAUGACUAUAAUUGAUCAGAUUGCAAGUUCUAAAAAGGCUAAGCAGAUGUUACUAAAACGAAUCAGACGAAACAUGGAACUGUCAAUGAGAGAGCUGGGCUACUUAGAGUAUGACCACCCAGAAAUCGCUGUCACCAUGAAAUCAAAGGAGCAGAUUAAUGUCUUGCUCAAUACGGCUAGAGAAAUUGUGAAGGUUUACAGGUUGAAAGGAUUUAUCCAUAAAGUUGGAGGUGCUGAAAUUAAUAAGUUAAUUAUGGCCAAAACAAGAGAAACGCUUGAUUUUCAAUCUGUUGUCAGCCCUAUGACUGUUGAAGAAAUGCUGUAUCACAUCCCGUGGUUAGAUAAAGAUGAAAACCACAUAAGCUUCAUUCAGGAAAGAGCCAAAACAGUUAUAUUUGACUGUGGAAAUAAUAUAUUUGAAGAAGGUGAUGAGCCCAAAGGAAUCUAUAUCAUUAUUUCAGGCAUGAUAAAGCUUAAAAGUUCAAAACCACUUGAUCAAAUGGAGUCAGAGGAUAAGGAUUGUCAUACAAUUUACACGGACUAUGUGCUCAGUGGAGAAAUAAUAGGAGAAUUAAACUGCUUAACUAACAAAUCAAUGGAAUAUUCUGCCACCUGCAAAACUGUAGUAGAGGCAUGUUUUGUUUCCAAACCUCACUUGUAUGAGGCUUUUAAAGAAUGCUGCCCUCAAAUUGAGCAUAAAAUGUGGCUGCAAAUUGGACUUACUAUUACAGCCAGAAAAUUCAGAGAGCAUUUGUCCUACAAGGAUUGGAAUUACAAGAUGCAAUUAAAACUAAGUAACAUUUAUGUAAGAGAUAUACCCAAGAACGUCAUAAGUGAUAUUUAUGAUGAAACUGUGACUUAUGUCAUCCUUAUACAUGGUGCUGUGAAGGAUUGUCUUUUACAAAAAUUUUAUAAAGCACCUUUCUUAAUUCCUCUAACAUGCCAUCAGAUACAAGGCACUGAAGAUUUCACAAAAGUAAUGAUUACCCAAGCUUCAGUUGAUGUGAACAAGUUCGGAUCCAAUCCUUUAAAAAAUGAAGGACACAGUUAAUUAGAAGACUGACACCCAUCUUGGUGCCUCUGUUCUGAAGCCUCCUGUUGCUGAGUCACACUCUCCCAUGUGGUAAGGAGGUGACUUUUUGGCAAGCCUUCACAGAUGCUCUUGGCUCCAUACAGGAAGGAACUGUGAAAUAUAGGUCCAGCCAAUUAAAAUAUAUUUUUUCCCAAAAUUUCUUUA